AUGUGUUGCACCGGUUGUGAGAGAAUCGUCAAAGAAGCUAUUCACAAACUUAAAGGAGUAGACUCGGUGGAGGUGGAGUUGGAGAUGGAGAAAGUGACGGUAAUAGGAUACGUUGAGCGGAACAAAGUGUUGAAGGCGGUGAGGAGGGCAGGAAAAAGGACAGAGUUCUGGCCAUACCCGAACCCUCCUCUCUAUUUCACAACGGCUCACAAUUACUUUAAGGACACGACAGUCGAGUAUAAGGAGAGUUAUAACUAUUGGCGCCAUGGGUACAACGCCCCCGACCACCAUGGCUCCCUCCACGUUACCCAUCGUGGAGAUGACAAAGUAAGCAACUUGUUCAACGACGACAAUGUUAACGCCUGCCAUAUAAUGUGA